AUGGGAUUCAGUACUGCUGAAUCUACCGUCCAACUCUCCUCCGGCGACCCCCGCCUUGAUAUCUUUUUCAACAUCGUCGUAUCGGCUGACUAUGACAACUACGGGUACUACGAGUUUGCAACCGCAUCGAUCAAAAGUUAUCCACCAGCCUUAAAGGCGGAGGUGGAGGCCUCCUGUGACUAUCUCAAGCAACUGCUGCCGCUGGCAUGGUCCGACGAUCCCCUAACCACCCUCAAGCUCAUAUGUCAUCUGAAUGACCAUAGGAAUGGAAAAUCAUAUGAACAAGCGUUCUACAGGGCGGCGGUUUGGCUCCACCAGAACCACCCCAAGACCCUAUUGUGCAACAUUGCGCCUAUUGCCUCCUCUUUUGGGAGUAUGGGUUUGUAUAGCCUUGUAGAACUUCUGCACCGCCUCCUACAAGGCCGAGACGGUAGAUGGGGGACACUGGAGCCCCUCGAGAAACUGACCAAGAAGGCUGUAGAGAUGUACGAGGGUGAUCCGGAUUAUAAGUUGUUACAUGACCGUGUAACCGAUGUUUUUGUGGAGUGCUUGGAGUCAGAUAUUCAAAAAUUGAAGGGACAAUUCAAGCAUGAUUACCUUAAAUAUUAUGUGAGCGACGACAGUGAUGACGAUGAUGAUGGUGACGAUGAUCAGAAGUAUGCCGAGGUAACCACUGCUGCAGACUGUUUCCUUACCGGAAACCAUUAUGAAUCCCACGCUGCCCGGGCCACUUUGCUGUGGGAAAGCAUUGCGCGGAAGGUUUUCCCACCAGCAUCAUACGCGGAGGAAUACAAGGAAAACUACGAGAGCAGAGUUGUAGACCGGCUGAGGAAAGAGGUUUUGGCUCCCUUAUACAGGUACACCUGUAGCGGCUACAACGGCCGGAAUAGCUGGAAGUUUAGGGAGGAGAAAGGGGAUGAUAAUCUGAUUGGACAAGUUUCGUUCGAGGAUAUUUGGGACAAAGAAAAAGGUUGGAAAGUUGACCGGCAGAACCAUGUCAUGGAAGCAUCCAUCUCCGGCAAAGAUUAUCGAAGUCUCGUCAUUGUGGACUGA